UUGAAUGAGGGACAGAGAGUGAAGAGAGGAGAGGAUCCUCCAAAAAAACAAAGCAAGGGAAACUGCAGAGCGAAUGUGCACUGUUCGAGCGCCGCACUGGUUUCUUUCCAUUCACUACGCAUGGCUGCGUAGCUCCUUUCUCAUCUAGUUUUGUUUCAUAAAGUUCUGUGGCGGAGGCAAGGGGGUCUCUGCUGUGAAAGAUGGACCAUUUAAAGAGGACGGCGGCGUGCAGGAGAAUACAGCUAUUUCUUAUAAUAAUGUUCCACGCAACUACGGCACAAGCUGCUGAUCCCAUCGAUGUGCUGCAGGUGCUGGAGCUGUCGGACCACAUGGAGGGGGUGUCCAUGGAGGCUGGCCUCUGCACCAGCAGGAAGGACAUGGAGGAGACAGACAUGGCCUAUAGAAUAGACAAGAAGAUCCAGCUCAGUGCACCCACCAAACAGCUCUUCCCAGACUCGUUGUUCCCUGUGGACUUCUCCCUGAUGACAACAGUGAGGGCAAAGAAGGACACCCAGUUCUUCCUGCUGUCUGUGUAUGAUGAGCAGGGUGUACAGCAGCUGGGGCUGGAGGUGGGCCGCUCGCCUGUCUUCCUGUACGAAGACCACGAGGGACAGCCCUCCCCGGAGCUCUACCCCAUCUUCAAGAAGAUCAACUUGGCUGAUGGAAAGUGGCACAGAAUAGCCUACAGUGUGGAGGGCAAGUCAGUCACCCUGUACCUGGACUGUGAGAAGGUGCAGACUCUGGAGUUACUGAGAGGGGACAAUCCCCUGGUCAGCACGGAGGGGGUGAUCGUGUUUGGAACACGACUACUGGACGAGGAGGUGUUUGAGGGAGAGAUCCAGCAGUUGUUGAUUCUGGAGGACGCCCAGGCGGCGGCUGACUACUGCCUGCACUACAUCCCUGACUGUGACUCUCCCCUGUCCUACAACAGACAGGCCCAGGACCCUGAGCAGGAGGAGAGGCUGGACAAAAAGCCCCAGGUGGAGGAGCUCGACGACAACUUCUACGGCGACCUGUACGAUGACCUUGCUGUCUCCAUGGUAACAGUGGGUCCCAAUAUCAGCGAGUACGAGGCUGUAGAGUACGAGGACAUAAGUAACGAGACAGAGAACCAGGAGUAUGAAGAGUAUGAGACGUACGAGGACGGAUAUGGCUUUGCAGAGAGAGAGGGGGCUGAUACCUGGGAUGGAGAGGCCAGUGGCAGACCACUGAAAGGAGAGAAGGGAGAGCCUGCCAUCUUUGAACCGGGUACACUGGUGGAGGGAGCAGUCGGCCCCCCAGGACCAGAGGGUAUUCCAGGUGGACAAGGACCAAUGGGCCCCCGAGGACCCAGUGGAGACCCAGGUGAUUUGGGUCCUCCAGGACGUCCUGGUUUAGCUGGGGUUGAUGGGAUACCUGGUCCUCCAGGAACCAUGCUGAUGUUACCAUUCCAACAUGGUGGUGAUUCUCAGAAGGGGCCUGUGGUGUCGGCCCAGGAGGCCCAGGCUCAGGCCAUCCUGCAGCAGACCAAGAUGUCGUUGAAGGGACCCCCAGGUCCACUGGGUCUUACAGGGCGACCUGGCCCACUGGGUCUUACUGGUCCCUCUGGACUUAAAGGUGACGCUGGAGAUCAUGGCCCCAGGGGUCCCCGUGGUACCCCAGGUCCUGCAGGACUCAACGGGAAGUUAGGAAAGAGGGGCCGGGCCGGAACGGAUGGAGGGCGUGGAGCACCGGGGGAGACGGGGGGAAAAGGGGACAGAGGCUUCGACGGACUGCCAGGUCUCCCAGGAAACCAGGGCCACAGAGGGGAGAGAGGGAAGCCUGGACCACAUGGGCCUGAUGGAGAGUCAGGAGAAAAGGGUUUAGAUGGACCCGUAGGGCCGAGUGGACAGCCCGGUGAACCUGGUGCCAGAGGACUUGUCGGACCCAGAGGGUCACCUGGGCCACCUGGGCAGCCAGGUAUUACGGGUGUGGAUGGAGUUCAAGGGUCAAAGGGCAACCUGGGGCCACCUGGAGAGACAGGGCCCAGCGGUCAACAAGGAAAUCCUGGAUUACAGGGCCUUCCUGGUUCUCAGGGUCCCAUCGGCCUGCCAGGAGAGAAGGGUCCCCAGGGGUACGGUGGGCUGCAGGGACUCUCUGGUAUCGAUGGCCCAACUGGCCAUCCAGGAAGAGAAGGCCCUCCAGGAGAGAAGGGGCUCAAUGGUUUGCCUGGAACCCAAGGGCCUGUUGGUUAUCCAGGGACUCGCGGUGUCAAGGGAGCUGAUGGAGUGAGAGGUCUGAAGGGGAGUAAAGGAGAAAAGGGUGAAGAUGGCUUCCCCGGGUUCAAAGGGGACAUGGGCCUCAAGGGAGACGGGGGUGAGAACGGGGUCACCGGAGGUCAUGGAGAGGAUGGGCCAGAGGGGCCUAAGGGCCAGUCGGGACCCCUAGGAGAGGUUGGAGGUGCUGGCAUAGCUGGAGAGAAGGGUAAACUGGGUGUCCCAGGGUUGCCAGGAUACCCAGGAAGACAGGGGCCCAAGGGAUCCGUGGGGUUCCCUGGUUCUGCCGGGGUUCUGGGAGAUAAAGGAAGACGGGGUCCAUCUGGUCAAGCAGGAACUGGGGGUCAGAGAGGUCCUAAUGGUGCCAGAGGGGGUAGAGGAGCAAGAGGACCAACAGGAAAGUCAGGAGACAAGGGCACCUCUGGACACGAAGGCCCACCAGGAUCCACAGGAGACCAGGGACCCCAAGGACCACAGGGAAGGAACGGCGAGGCAGGACCUAAGGGACCUAAUGGAGCGGCAGGAAAAGACGGACUACCAGGUCAUCCAGGACAGCGAGGGGAGCCAGGCUUCCAAGGCAAGACUGGUCCACAUGGGCCAACGGGUGUGAUCGGACCACAGGGUAAAUCUGGUGAGACUGGGCCUAAUGGCGACAGAGGACACCCUGGGUCACCAGGACCCCCUGGAGAGACGGGUUUACCCGGAGCGGCAGGCAAGGAGGGACCCAAGGGAGACGCGGGUCCGUCUGGAGCUCCAGGAAAGAGUGGCCCCGCUGGGCUCCGAGGCUUCAGAGGGAGCAGGGGCAGCCCUGGAGCCAUGGGCUCUGCUGGACUGAAAGGAGGAGAAGGACCCACCGGUCUGUCAGGAGCAGUGGGUGCCACUGGGGAGAAAGGGCCUUCUGGAGCGGCUGGUGCUAUUGGUCAGCCCGGACGCUCUGGUGGGGUCGGCCCUGGAGGACCAAUGGGAGAAAAGGGCGAGCCAGGAGAGAAGGGGCCCAUCGGGCCGGCUGGACAGGACGGGGCGCAGGGGCCUGUGGGGCUGCCCGGGGCUGCUGGCCCCGCUGGGCCUCCAGGAGAGGACGGAGACAAGGGCGAGACAGGAGGACCAGGCCAGAAGGGCAGUAAAGGAGACAAAGGAGAAUCUGGCCCUUCAGGACCUAUUGGAAUCCAGGGACCUGUCGGCCAUCCGGGGUUACUGGGUGUGGACGGGGAGCCGGGGCCGAGGGGCCAGCAGGGGAUGUACGGCCCGAAGGGAGACGAGGGGACGAGAGGCCACAAGGGGGGCACAGGACCCACUGGACUACAGGGCAUGCCAGGACUCCCAGGAGAGAAGGGAGACAGUGGACACGUGGGCACGAUGGGCCCUCCAGGACAACAUGGCCCCAGAGGCCCCCAGGGUCCAUCGGUGGAGAGGGCACUGCUGGCCAGCCUGGUGGGGUGGGCCAGCCUGGGAUCGUUGGAGAGAAGGGGGAGGAUGGAGAGGCUGGGGACCCGGGACCAGUUGGAGACACAGGUGCCGCUGGUGGUAAAGGGGAGCUGGGGGAGAAGGGUGACUCUGGCCCCUCCGGAGCAGCAGGACCUGCAGGAGUCAGAGGCACGCCAGGGGAGGACGGACCUAAAGGAAACCCUGGGCCCAUUGGAUUCCCAGGAGAUUCUGGACCCCCUGGAGAAGCAGGGAUCAAUGGAGUUGAUGGUGGACCGGGAGCAAAGGGAGACAACGGUGAUCCUGGGAAAGCCGGACCCCCAGGAGCCUCUGGAGAACCGGGCCCUUCAGGGCCCCCCGGGAGAAGGGGCCACUUGGGAGCUGCUGGAAAAGAAGGGAAACAAGGAAUGAAGGGAGCAAAGGGGACCAAUGGGGUUGAGGGUCUGGUGGGGAAGAAAGGGCCAGUGGGGCCCCAGGGACAUUCAGGGAAGCCUGGCCCAGAGGGCCUCC